GCGCAACUGCUAGGCUAUUCCAUCCUCGAGCUCUCCCCGCGCCACUCAGCACGAGCGCUCCUGUCCACCUGAGUCCCUGUCACAGACCUCUGUCUCUGUCUCUGACUCUGUCUGUGUCUCUGUCCGGACUAACCGAGCCCACUCGUCCCUCCGCUGAGAAACUAGCCGACCUGAGGAAACAUGGAGGCCAUCAAGAAGAAGAUGCAGAUGCUGAAGCUGGAUAAGGAGAACGCGAUAGACCGGGCAGAGCAGGCGGAGGGGGACAAGAAGGGAGCAGAGGACAAAUGCAAACAGCUGGAGGAGGAGCUGCUGGGUCUGCAGAAGAAGCUGAAAGGAGUGGAGGAUGAGCUGGACAAAUACUCAGAGUCGCUGAAGGAUGCCCAGGAGAAGCUGGAGCAGGCGGAGAAAAAGGCGACAGAUGCUGAGGCUGAGGUGGCGUCUCUAAACAGGCGUAUCCAGCUGGUGGAGGAGGAGUUGGACCGCGCUCAGGAGAGACUGGCGACUGCUCUGCAGAAGCUGGAGGAGGCUGAGAAAGCUGCGGAUGAGAGCGAGAGAGGGAUGAAGGUCAUAGAGAACAGAGCAUCCAAAGACGAGGAGAAGAUGGAGAUCCAGGAGAUGCAGCUGAAGGAGGCCAAACACAUCGCUGAGGAGGCCGACCGCAAAUAUGAAGAGGUUGCGCGUAAACUGGUGAUCCUGGAGGGUGAUCUGGAGCGCUCGGAGGAGCGGGCGGAGGUGGCCGAGGCGCGGGUGAGGGAGCUGGAGGAGGAGCUCCGACUAAUGGACCAGAAUAUGAAGUCCAUGAUGUGCGGAGAGGAAGAGUACUCGCAAAAGGAGGACAAAUACGAAGAAGAAAUCAAAGUUCUUACUGACAAACUGAAAGAGGCUGAGACCCGUGCCGAGUUUGCAGAGAGGUCUGUGGCCAAGCUGGAGAAGACCAUCGAUGAUUUGGAAGAGAAACUGGCCCAGGCCAAAGAGGAGAACCUGGACAUGCACCAGGUGUUGGACCAAACCCUUUUGGAGCUCAACAACCUAUAGAGACCACCUCAGAGCUUUAAUCAACGCUUUAAUCCCCCAACCCAACCCAAGCUCCCAGCGCAGACCUGUACAGAUGGAGUCUGAAUGUAACAUCAACGUCAUGUGAGGAUGGUUCAGACGUCAGUCUGGAGCCCCUUGCAAGAACGUGUCUAUGGCUAACUCAAAGAUAUUUAGUGUGCACUACAAACUAUUGCAAGUCUCUUUAAUCAGAAAAUGAUCUGAUCUUCAAUACAAGGUUCCUUGGGCCUCAUUUAUCAACAGUGCAUAGAAAAUGAUCUAAAUUCUGUCUUACAAAUUAAAUUUAGUAUGUGCUUAAGAACAAAAAAAAUCUGUAUGUAUCAAACGUGCGCAAGUAAAUCGUGUGCACAUCAGUAAGUAAUCAAUCUUGAUAGAUCCCACCUGUUCUUAACCACCAUGCUCGUUCACACUUAGGCCAAUGCAUUCAGAAAUGUCUCCAAUUAACCAUAUAUGGUAACAACAGAUCCCUUUAUCAAUCACGUGAAUGUGUUAGUCCCUCGCCGCAAUAAUGGCAAAGAAGAAGAACUUCUCAAACCGUGAAAUGAAGCUACUGGUAGAUGUGCUUGAAUCCAACCAACAAAUAUUGUUUGGUUCACUCAGGGCAGGACGAAUUACAAACAAAAGACAAAAAUUCUGCAUUGGAGAAGGUCACGGAUAUCACGACACAAAUCCAACAGUAUGUUUUUGGGGAUGCGGCACCUACUUAGAAGUUGCUCUGUGCCCUCGCCAAGCAGAUCAGCGCCAUCUUUGAGCACAUUGUUUGCCAAGUCUUCCAAUAACGCAAGAUACGCCACAGCACUAUAUUUCAAACAUUUGUCACAACGGUCUUUUAUCCGGUUUGACACCAAUUGGGCAACUUGUCCGUUUUAAAACUAGAAAAAUGACUAAUUGAGUGUUUUGUAAUAAAAAGAAACACUGGACACGUGUGGAUGUUGAUUGUGUGAUGCAUACUGUGACACUCCUAAUUUUUAUUUGUAGUAUGGCUCUUCUACCACUAGAUUUUGUUGGCAUGGCCAGAGCUGUGCUUAUAUUCAUACACAUUCCUAAGUGUAAGUGCACGUUGGUAAAUUCCACACUUUGCGUGGUAACGUUCUGACGCAUUACAUACGCACAUAACAGUGCGUACACGCGGUUGAUAAGUGAGGCCCCUUGCGUUCACAUGUGACUAUCUUGUGUGCAUGUAAAAAGUCACUCAUGGGCACAACUGUCCCAAGAGCAAAUGUUUCCGCUGGAACAGUUUCUCUUGUUUGACCAAACAUGACGAAGCAUUUCUCAUUGGACAUAGGAAUCAUCAGGAAUGUAGCAAAGCUCACUUAUGUAUUGUCAUCUUUUCAGAGCAAUGAUAAGAAACUCAAACUCAUACAAGAUAGUUGCUGCUGCACACAAGGACACCUUUCUCCUUCACACAACAUGGUUUCUAGUACAGGAAAUAGUUUACCUGGAUAAAUAAAGGUUUAAAAAAAAAAUAUAUAUCCUAAUAUAACAUAUGAAACUAGAAAAUGUAGUCAAAAAAGUAGGGCCUAAACUCAAAGGAA